GCAUUGAACAUCUCUGAUUGGAUUUCGUUAAGGCAAAAAGAGCUGCUGCUACUUAUAUAAAAAACAAUGCCAACCAAUGUGCAGAACGAACAGAACGCUGCGGAGACAGACGUUUCAACAGAUGCAAACGAUACGGCUGGCCUGAUCAAGCUCGUCGCCGACAUGGGCUAUCCGGAGAACGAGGCACGCGAUGCGCUGAAGCGCGCCUCCAACAAUCUGGAGCUGGCCAUACAAUAUCUGGUAGAGGGCUCCGCCAAUUCCGAUGAGGAGCAGCUCUCCGAUGCAGCGCUACGGCGUCGCACACGUCGCCGCCACAAGCAGCUGCGCAACUGCCUCAUGGACAAUCCGGCCAUAACCGAUUACGCUGUGGCGGCAUUGAUGAAACAACCGCCACGGGCUGUCGAAGCGUUGCGUGACGUCGUCGCCAAUCAUAGUGUGCUGUUUCUGGAGUCAAUGCUUGAAUCGUCGUCCGACGAGGAGCAGCCGAAGGCGCAGAAGCUAGCUGCCAAGUCAGCUGAUGGUGCGAUGUACUCGUAAAACUGAGCAUUA